AUGGCUUCUAAAGCGUUGAUGUCUGAAGAGGAUUUCACCUGUCCUGUGUGCUGUGACAUCUUCAGGGAUCCUGUUGUCCUGUCAUGUAGUCACAGUGUGUGUAAAGUUUGUAUACAGCAGUUUUGGGAAAAACAGGAUUCGAAGAACUGUCCAGUUUGCAGGACAACAUCCUCAAAAGAAUUCCCUCCUCCAAACUUGGCUCUAAAGAACCUGUGUGAGACUUUCUUACAGGAGAGAAGUCAGGGAACUUCAGCAGAGUCUGAGGAGUUGUGCAGUCAACACAGAGAGAAACUCAAACUCUUCUGUGUGGAUGAUAAACAGCUUGUGUGUUUGGUGUGUCGGGACUCAAAUAAACACACAAACCACAAAUUCAAACCAGUAGAUGAAGCUGCACUUGACAGAAGGGAGGAACUCAAGACUGCACUGAAACCCUUACAGGAGAAACUGAAGAUCUUUGAAAAACUGAAACGAACUUGUGAUCAAACAGCAGAGCACAUUAAGAGUCAGGCCAAACACACAGAGAGACAGAUUAAAGAGGAGUUUGAGAAACUUCACCAGUUUUUACGAGAUGAAGAGGCAGCCAGGAUAGCUGCAGUGAGGGAGGAAGAGGAGCAGAAGAGUCAGAUGAUGAAGGAGAAGAUUGAGGAGAUGAGUAGAGACAAUUCACAUCUUUCAGACUCAAUCAGAGCCUUAGAAGAGGAGAUAAAAGCUGAAGACAUCUCAUUCCUGAAGAACUUUGAGGACACAAAGAAAAGAGCCCAGUGCACUCUGCAGGAUCCACACAUGCUUUCAGGAUCACUGAUCCAUGUGGCAAAGCACCUGGGCAACCUGAAGUUCAGAGUGUGGGAGAAGAUGCAGGAGAUUGUUGAGUACACUCCUGUCAUUCUGGACCCCAACACUGCAGAAGCACGACUCAUCCUGUCUGAGGAUCUGACCAGUGUGAGAUACAGUGUUAGACAGCAGCUUCCUGAUAACCCAGAGAGAUUUGAUUCAGGUGUAUUUGUCCUGGGCUCUGAGGGUUUUAACUCAGGGACACACUGCUGGGAUGUUGAUGUUGAGAAUAGUAUAUCAUGGCGUUUGGGUGUAAUGACAGAGUCAGUCCACAGGAAGGGAAGAGGAGUCUGGGGUGGAAUAUGGACUGUGAGUUAUUAUGAUGAGAAAUAUUGGUCACAGUGCCCAGGACAGACAGACACUCUCCUCACAUUCAAUAAGAAACUCCAGAGGAUCAGAGUCCAGCUGGACUGGGACAGAGGAAAGCUGUCAUUCUCUGACCCUCUGACCAACACACACAUACACACUUUCACACACACUUUUACUCAGAAAAUGUUUCCAAUAUUUUAUAAUGGUACUAAUUUCCCUCUGAGGAUCUUACCAGUGCAGUGUAGUGUGAGAGUGGAACAGCCCAGUUCGAGCUGA